UUAAUCUGAUUGCUCUAUUUUAUUCCAGUGGUCCCAGGAGCAGCCACCGUCAUCAUAAUGGUGUGCGUAGGUUUCCUGGUUGUGAUGGUGAUCCUGGGAGUUUUCCGAAUCCGCUCAAUCCAUCGCCGUGGUGAAGGAGCCAGAGGCGGGGCUAAGGAGGGCAGCAGUCAAUGGGACGACUCUGCGCUCACCAUCAUCGUAAACCCAAUGGAGUCCUACGAGUCUCGUGUGGGCAUCUCUGCCGACACGGAGGGCGAGGGGGAGGAGGAUGAGGAGGUAGCAGAGUCGCCUGACGACGCGAGCGAUGACCAGCGAAUCAUCAUCAAGAAGGAGGGCAGAGACGGCAACGCCCGUCGCUACUGAGCCACAUGUAUCUCUGCACCCGUUCUCAUGGAAACCACAACCCAGCUCACUAGUCACACACUCCAACACUUUUAAUAUCAACGAACGACUAGUAUAAGGAAUGUAAGCUUACAAACACGACGCACAAUGCAGUCACCGUAAUACUCCUGACACCCAACGCCAUAUGUGACCUACAGCCAACAACAGGCUGCCUCCACCUAAAUGUUCAGUGGCACAAUGUAUACAGCUAAUGUAAUUUAACCACCUGAUUAAACCCCACCAAAUUUGUAUGUGGUGCACCAGUGCUAAAUCACAAAAUGGUCAUGUGUCUGUAUAGUGUAAUACUGGUUGAAUAAGACUGUUUUGUUUAAAAAAAAAAAAA